AGAUUCAGUCAAUGCUUGUUUAUCGUGCCCUUCGGACGUGUCGAUCGCUCCGUGCGUGGUGUUUUUAUCCCGAAUGGUGACUGGUUAGAAGGCAUUGAAGCAAAUUGUGUGUGUACUCAGCAGAAGCCUAAUAACAGAAGGAAGUAAUUUCGACUCAUCCAAAAAAAAAAAGAUUGUUUCUCGCCAAAGGGGAGGAAGUAAAUUGGCGUGGAGUGUUGAGUAUCGCAGUGCCUCGCCGGAUGAAGGCAAACAUUAGCCCGAAAAACAGUAAAAAAAAUAGACUAGGGGCAAAUAGCAGUCAUGAGUGGUGUGGAGGAGAAAAAUCAAUCGCGCUGGUAGGACCGCGCUAAUGUACAGCGAAAACAGAAGAAAUGUGGGAUAGUGAACGACGCGAGAUAAAAGUGGGAAUGCCCUCCAGUUUCGGCGGGUCUCGUGUGCUGCGCUGAGCGGAAGCUCAUAAUUAUCGGCUUCAAGUAGUGAGUUGAGAUUUCAAAAGGCAAUUUUCGGAACGGAAGCUGUGAGAAAGCAAACAGCUCGAGAUUAAGUGCUUUCCCCAUAAUUGAUCGUGUGAGAGGAAAAGUGCUUAGUGGUGCCGUGCAGGACGACCGCAAGGAUUCACGAGCAACGGACGGAACCGACGUAAACACUUGGCUGUUGCGAGAAUUGAAAUACGAGACAGCAAAAUAAAAAAAACAGUGAUACGCGCAUCGAACAACCGCAUGCCUGUAUGCCGAAAUAGGAAACGGAUCGAGACUCGGAAAAGGAUUAUAAAACACACAAACUGCAAAUGAAAAUUGUUCCCAGUUCACACGAAAUUUACGCUUCGAACAGCAGUGACCGCCGUGACCGGCCAUUAAACAGUGUGCGUCAGGAACUUGGCCUCCGGUCGCAUUCCAUACCGAUUACGUAAUAAAUUUUCGUAGAAAACCCAUAACAAGGAUUAAAUUGGAUUUAUUGCCAGUGAAUGAAAAAUUGAUUUAUGUACAAAAUUGAUUUUUUAUGAUUUUUCGUCUCGCUUUGCAUUACACUUUCGUGAAUAAUACGCCUGUCGGGAUCUGGUCAGAGUGCACGUGCUGGAGGUGAACCUGCUGAACACAGCAACGAUAAUCGCACCACGGCAGCGACAGUUAUCGGCGUGCGGCGUGUUUCCAGCGAAGCAUUAUAAAUAGUAAUGUGAUAAUCAUAAUUCUAGUUAAUAUUCCUCCCAUGGACCGGGUCAGAAGGGGAUCGGUGCAGGAAUAAAAAUCAUAAACUAGAGAAAGUAGUGUAUCCGUGGAAAAUCAAUUCAGUGAGUGAAAGAGUCCAUGGACCUUGUGCCUGUGGAACAGUAUAAGUACGCAGCUGAAGAAGGAAAAUGAAAAUCACCUUUAAGAUUGUUAGCAGAAAAGGGUCAAGAAAUACCCGUACAUGUGCUUGUUAGUGUCCCGUCAAGAGUGAAAACCCAAAUCCUUAGCGGGGGCAAGUAAGAAAGAAAUAUAAGCAGCAAUGGUUUGUUAGUGUGACGAUGUACAAUGUGAAGAAAAGCGUUCCUAGGAUUAAGUGCGAUUAAGAAGGUUGCCUGGAUUAAGUGGCGUUUCUAGGGAAAAAUAUAAACAUUCAUAAACUACGAUAAACACAACAUACACUCCAAGCGUAGUAGUGAUUGUGGUGGCAAGUGUACGAAACGACAGCAGAUCACUGGUGAAAAUAAUUUAAUCCCUGUGGUAAUAGGCUAAAUAAUUUGUAGAACUCGGUGUUGUUCGAGGGGACGCGAAGAAGACGACCGCACAAACAGCACAAUUAUCCAGCUUCGAACUGAUAAUCUGGUACGUACCCUCGGUACGUCGAACAUCAUCAGUAUCAUAUUCAGAGAUACGCUUUUGGUACUCCGGCAUCGGAACGUGCUAUAGAAAGGCCGAACCAAGGCGGAACCCAUCCAAUUUCUUUGGAUAGCCACGAUAAGGAAGGCAAACCGUUCGAAGCAGCAGAAUAGCGCAGUACAACGAACGUGAAUCCAUCGCGACUGUACUAAACUUUAGUGUGCCUCGUGUAGUACGGCCCUGAAUGCCCACUAUCCAAGAAUUGAGAUUGAUGAUAGCAAAUUGGGCACCGACACUUGGUUAGUUCGGGAGGCUGUUAAAAAACCGGUAGUUUACCACUGACCGAAAAGACGUCGGUGUCUUGUUUGUUGAGUUCAGUCUAAGCGCACAAUCACAUCGUUCUCGACAAGCUCGCCUGUCUCUGUUUUUCAACGUCAGCCAGCGAUACUGGAGAAACGUGACGCAUUAAAUAUUGGAAAUCACUUUAUCUCCAUUCAUCUCAGAAAGCGAAAAAUCAUUCAUUCCAACCGGUCAGACGACCAACUCAGCCGCAAUGACUUCCGAAAUGGUAGCUUCGCUCGCAGCAAACGGAGACAGAAGUAAAAGAAAAACGGAUGCCCAUCGACCGAAAACAACCACCUCUGUUUCGUCCAUCUUGUCGGUUAGUUUACUGUUGAUAUCGAUCCUUUUGUCCGCGUGUAUCGUGCGGACGAACGCAGAACGCAGCUGCCCAGCGGCCUGUCAGUGCAAGUGGAAAGGCGGAAAACAGGCGGUCGAAUGCAUCGACAAACAGUUGAUUAUAAUCCCGGAGCACAUCGACUACUCGACGCAAGUGCUGGACAUGUCCGGCAACAACCUGCAGAUACUGCCCAAGGAAACGUUCAGCCGUGCGAAUUUGCUCAACCUGCAGAAACUCUACCUGCGCAAUUGUCGCCUCGGGCAAAUUGAUGACGGAGCUUUUGCCGGUCUGACCAACUUGGUCGAGCUGGAUCUGUCCCUGAAUCUGCUUACAGCCGUUCCAUCGGCAUCAUUCCUGUACAUAGCAUCGCUGCGAGAUCUCACGCUGGCCCGAAAUCACAUCCAGAAAAUAGAGUCUCACGCUUUUCGAAAUGUAACCAGUCUCACCAAGCUGGAUCUGUCGUACUGUGAAAUUCAAACUAUCGCACCGCAAGCUUUCGAAGGACUCAGUUCGUUGCACUCCCUGAAACUGAAUGGCAAUCAGCUGUCGGAACUAAGGCCUAAAACAAUCGAAACGCUCAGCAAACUGCAUGGAGUCGAACUACACGAAAACCCGUGGGUGUGUGAUUGUCGGCUGCGAGCCACCAAAGUUUGGCUUACCGACAACAACAUUCCUUACCCGAUCGCUCCGGUAUGUGCCGGAGGUCCGGAACGAAUAAUCGGCAAAACAUUCGCGGAACUGCACGUGGAUGAUUUCGCUUGCAAACCGGAAAUGCUACCGGUUCGAAGGUACAUCCAGGCUUUUACCGGAGAAAAUGCCAGCAUCGAAUGUAGAACCAGUGCCGUUCCGUCGGCCAGCGUCAACUGGUACUGGAACGGAAAACUGCUCGCUAACAACUCCCAGUUCAGUUCCUACCAGCGAGUGUACGUAUACGAGCAGGGCAAUUUCGAAAAACGUAGCCGUUUGGUGUUGACGAAUGCCCAGGAGACGGACUCGAACGAGUUCUACUGUGUAGUGGAGAAUCGUGCCGGAACGGCCGAGGCUAAUUUCACGCUGCACGUGGUGGUACGGGACAUCGGAUUUGCGAUCGAAAACAAACAGAUCAUCGGCCUCAGUGCCGCACUCGUUAUACUGAUACUGUUCAUACUGCUGAUCAUCCUUUUCCUGUUGGUCCGGCUGCGUCGGAUACCGAUGACGGAGACGAAAACACCCGGCCAGGUUGAGGUUAUAACCUCCGUAAGUCCCUCUAGUAAUGUAAAUGGCAAAGUGAGCACACCAAUUAAUGAUGUCCAUUCUCCAGAUCGAAAAAACUCCGGCGAUCUAAAGUUCGCCAAUCCGGUGCAGAAACCGCCCCGACUGACUGAUUUGCCCUAUUCGACGUCCCAUUACGACGCCGGUGGUAGUUUGAUCGCGUCCGGAAAUUGUUUCGUGUCACCAACACAUUCGUCCGCUGGGAAUAAUCCAGACUUGAUCAACGAUACGAAACGGCUCGGUAGCAUCAACGAUCUGGCCGGUGGCUGCGGCCAAGGUCUGAUGGAGACUGGCGUGAAUACGUCGCUUUCGGCGAACAUAACCAACGCGCUGAACACCCUCUCACUGAUGGAUCCUAUCGAGCGGCCGGGUAGCGGUGAGUACAGUCGGGCUGGCUGUGAUUCACUGUACCCUUCCGGUCUAUGGGAAACGCACAGCUCCAAUCUGACAUCGGCCCUGGAGCAAACGACGGAUAUGCUGCUAACGCGAACUCCCACGUCGACGAUCGCCAGCGGCGGUUACACCACCUACUCCGAUAAGGUACCGAUUAUCGGAACGAACAACAACAUGAUGAACCUGGACGACGAAACUUCGUCGGUCGAUUAUCUCAGCCGAACGUUUCCUCGUACCCACUUCGGCGGCAGUGGCACGCUGGCUGUCGCUGGCAGUGGAAAUGGAAGUAGCAGUGGUUCCAGUGUGGUCGGUGCAGUGGGAGGAACUGGUCCGGUUACGUCCGGUGGCGGAUAUCCUUCCGACUAUGGGCUACCGAUCGUGCCCGGAGCGGAGCAGUUGCACAACAAACUGGGCAGUAUACAGCCGAUGCAUCACGGUAGCACCGGGAGUAUGCCAAUGAAUGCCAAGACUCUGCGGGUGUGGCAGAAAGGGGGCGUACCGGUGCUACCCCCCGUGACGGCCUUGAAACGUGCAUUAUCCAACAGCCGAAACUCUCCGGACGAGGGCUACCAGGAAGGAUGCGGUACUGACGUGUAGUCAAUUGUUUAAGGUUCUGUUCUUAUUACGAGCGAAUGAGCGAAUGUCGCAAGCGAGUACCGAGCGAAAGCGAAAUUUUCUCUUUAUUUUGUACACAUAUACUACGGUUGUUCGAACACAGUUUGUUUCCAGAACAGAACGUGAAUUGUUCAUUCAAUGUUUUCCUGAUUGGGGGGGGAUUGUCGACUGAAAUACCGAAAAAAACGUAACUACACAUAAUAUGAUAAGAACCGGUCUCCGAGGUGAGUAAGUUCAUAUCAAGGCUGGUGAAAGAGAGAGAGAAAAAAAAACCUGGAGCGUGUGUAGAGAAUCAAAAA